CUAUCGUCGACAAAUGCGCGAUUGAUUUGGAAUGAGUUGAGAGGAGUGACAAUGGAGGUAGGUGCUACAGAGGGAGGGGCGAACCUGCCCGCGCCCUUGGUUCUACCGUUAUUUGUCACCGUGUUUGUUCUUCUGGUUUCAUGGCUCCUGUCAAGAGAGUCGCAUGUGAACGUUACAAAGAGGAGAGACGUGGGGUUGACAAAUAAGACCGCUGAUAGCGCCGCGCGCUUUGAGGAGAGAACAAAUGGCGGGCUGCAGACGAUAGCUGAGGAAUGGGAAAAUAAUGGCGGGCUGAACAAUGGCGGGAACAGCGAGCACGACAAGUUUGCAAACUGCCACCUCAGGCUAACACUGACGAUCAAAGAGGUGGGAUGUGUGCUGCCAACACAAUCGACUUUCAAACGACAAUUAUUGUCGGGGAGAGGUAUUGAAAACGUCGCCCGAUUGGAGUCAAACGACAGUCGGGACUUUGCACCGAGUCGGGACCACAGCCAAGACCGUCAGACGACACUCGGAGGAAAAACAGACGACUUUUCUGUCAGAAAGGAUGCUCUCUCAGUGAAACAUCCUCCGGAUUUCAACUUGGAGUCACGAGUUACGAAUGCUGCUUGGGAAAAAUUGCAACAGGGAUACAAAUAUGACUUUCAGGAAGCCACAGUACCUUUCGAAACAAGAACCCAGCGGAUUUCUGAGGAAGAACUGCACUGUGAUGUAACUGUGAGGGAAGAAAUCUGUGAAAAACGACGUAGCAGCGAGACAGAGUGUCAUUCUCGGAACCCUGAAUUUCGGGUGAGUCACAGACACGACACAAGUACGAUACUACAACAGGUGACAGUAACUAGCAGCCAGAAUAUUAUCAAAGAAAAUUCUACGUUUGAAAACCGUAGAAGCGCGAAUGAAUCAAAGAGUUUCCUCAGACAUCCCGGUAGUUUUGAACCGAGAAAAACAGACGAUAGUUUAAGCGGAGAUGACGUCAUCGGUGUAACAGGUGGUUGUUCAAACGAUCUUGAAAAAUUCGCUUUUCCCCCAGAGGUAUAUAGCCAUGAAUCAAAUACUGAAGACCUUUAUGAAAGACAUGACGCUUCUGUGUUGUUUGAAAGCGUAGUUCCAUCUGUGAAGGGCGAUUUGACACACAGGGGAAACUGCGAUGGUCGUUCGGAACCGCUAAUCUCCAAUUCGCUAUGCACAUCACCGCCAAAUUUGUCUCAAGAGGACCGUGAGGCCAGCCGGAUAACAUCAAAGACCUGCUUACGUGACUUGAGUAACGCCAGAAACAUGGCGCUCAAGUCUAUACUCAGAAAUUCGCCUUCCAAGGAAAGCCUGAACAAGAUUUGUGAUAGAGGUCAGAAGGUCACCGAGAGGACAAAUAAAGAUGGCGGCCGUCGUGAGGUAGAGACGACCCAGGUAACAGCUGUUCACACGAUUGCUGGGAAACGUAAAGAAAACACGGCGACCGAUAGUAACCUUUCCGAAGGAAAUAAUGUACAAACAGACCAUAACCACAGGAAACAGCAGUUGUCAGAGAAAAUUGCUAGCUCCAAAACAGAAGCUUCACUUCAAAUAACAAACACAGAGUCACGGUUCAACUCCAACGAUAAUGUCCAAUCACUUUGUUCCAAAGAUCCCGGGUUAAGUUCAAGGAAACUAACAAACCCGAGCUUCCUUGAAACGGAGAUUCCGGUUGGUCAGGAUUUCUAUCCGGUACGUGACGGCACGGAAGGAAGCACUAGUUUGCCAGGGCAGGAAAUCUCCAGCGAUAAAAUAACGAUUGUGGGUAAUUCCACGCACACUGAGCACACUACUACAGGUGCUUGUGGGAAUAAAUCCGAUACUGUGCGACUUGGCACGUACUCAGAUUCUCUGUUAUCAUCCGCCACAGAAAAUCCUCCAAUAAGCUUCAUAUUCGUCAUUAGCAAGAGAAGAGGCUCUAAGCAGAUCGCUGGGGGACUGAAUGAACCCGGUGGAAUUCUCAGCGGCCACAAAAACGACCAAGAAAAGAAGGAUUUAGAGCUCAAUAGAGCUGAUGUGUUAGAUAAAGAACCGGGGGUGAAAUCGGGGAAGCAAGGUGGAGAAGGGCACUCAUACCGGAGUUGCCACGGAAUUAAAAGGACAGCGGAACAAAAGACGGAUUUACAGCAUGGUAAACAUGUCCUGACAAGAAAUACUGGCGCAAUAAUACCGGCGUUUGCGAGCGCAAACAUGUCGCCAGGUUUUGGCAAUGGGACAGAGGGGGCAAUUAAUGUGCGUGAGACUCAAACACAAAAACCUGGGUUGACGUUUGGCUGCGACCUAGAAAACCCCACGGUAGAGGGCAAGGCUGUCAAGCAAGGGGGGAAUCUAAUCGCAGAAAAUUGUGGCCAGCAAAACAAUUCAGAAAAGGGGAGCCAAAACCCCACCAAGUCUGUAACGUUCAAGUUAGAACGUGAAAUUGCCGAGACAACCGAGGGACAAAACCAGCGCGCGCGAUUCAAUGGAGGAAUCAAGAAUAAGUCUAAAGACACAAUAGCAAGCGACCCUGGUAAUGGAUUAGAACUAUCAGAAUUUGAAAGCGCGCUGACGACACUCAGUGAAAACAGACACUCCGCGAUCCCCCCGAACGUUGGCACGGUAAAUAGCGCUACAAUAGCCGGGUUGGACAGUGUGGACUCAGGGCUAUUACAGUCUGACGGCUCUAACAUAAAGGGUAAACGCAGGAACAUGGCCGGGCGCAAAUAUCCUCUCCAAAACUCUGAAGCACGUCAAGGAACUGAGGAGCGGGCAAAGGAUAUGCCCAGUUUCUGGCAAGCUUAUGACUUGAUGCUAGAAACAGACAGUGAUACAACUAGCACCCUGUCCAGCCCGACUUUCGGCAGCUCGACCAACGCUUCAUACGGCGGCUCGAGCUCAAACAGUUCUUCCGACUUCGACGUUUGGAAAUUCGACUGGGGACUGAAGAAUAAGAGAAGAGAGAAGCGAGAAGACGCGACGGCGAGGACACUAAGAAAGAAAGACGCCAUAGCUGAGACAACGGACAGCUCGGAAGAUUUGGAAGCAACGCUUGAAAAGAGCGGCCCGGACCUACAAUAUAAGCAGACAAGUAAAGAGGUUUACUUAUUAACCGAUAGGCAAACAUGUAAAAACGGUGCGAGUACGCGUAUCAGUAACAAGUCCGCUCAAAUAAAUCCUGGGCCGCGGGGCGGUGAGAGGGAAGGAGAGCGGGAGGUUCAAGGCGACUUGACAGGUACAGAUCACCCUGAUGACCCGAUGCACGGCGGAACGGUAACGUCAAGUGAAACUGACAUGGACAAUCAGUACGCAAAAGGGCGGGCGUUCGCCCUGGUCUCAGCCGGCCGACCUAACGGACAACAAAGGACCCAAAACGUCAGGGGAGACCGUACUCCGUCGGAGAAUUCUAGGACAAACUUUUUCGACGCAAACUUUCCUAAUGGCCGAGUUUUCGUGGCAUUGGGAACAAAGGGGGAAGUGACGAGAGGUGUUAAUGGACACACCGGCUCGAUUAACGAUGAUUUAAUUAGCCGUGAAAUUUCCGUUGCCGGGGCAACGUCAGGUGGAACGACGGGUAGAGGUCAGAGAGGUCACGGGUCGCCAGGUAGAGCGGGUCGGUACGGGAGCAGAGAGCGAGUAUCCGCCCGCGGAGAGAGCGCAAACAGCGGGCAGGAAACCGUCAACAGCCCGGCCAUCACCGGCUCACUUCCCGUCAUAACCGUCACCAGUGAUGACGAGGAUCGACCGCAAACUAACGUCAUCUUCUUCAAGGACAACGACACGUCUUUGGACGACAUCAAUCGCUGCAAGAACAACAACAACAUCGAUUCAGCCGACGGGGGUUUAGACAUCACGUUAACACGGAGCUUUUGGACGAAAAGUUGCGACCCUCUACCGGGAAGUAAGAAAGCGGUAGAUCUGGUUAAAGACUGGGCGGACAAGGCAGGUAGUCUACCGGACGUGAGAGUUGCGGCCACCGUCUUUUCUGAAAACUUCAAGAGAGCUCGUCAGUCAGAAAUCGCGAACUCUUUCGGCGUCCUGUCACCACGUUCUCCGAGUGAUUUGCACCCAGAAAAAGUAGGUUGUGAGGAAGGGGACACUUUGUCAGGUCGGUUUCCAGGGAGUAAAGGCGCCGACGCCGGCGACACUUGUCAAAACAGCCGCUCGGGUAUCGACAACACGAGCGGUACUGUUACAAGAGACCGUCAACAUCAUUUCCCCAGAACUCAGUCGGAUAUGGUGGUGUUUCAGGGUCCUGUGCCGAGACAUGGACUUAACGGUGGAGAAGAAAGAAACAGCAACAAUAUUCGAACUGGGGAGCAAGGUAGGACAGGCGAGGAAAGAAGUCAGGAGAACGGAGAUGUGAAACAUUUCGGCGUCGAGCCGAUGGAUAAAGUCUCCCCUCGCCGGUCUGCAAGCGCGAUGGAGCCGAGAGAGACUGGACCUUUCUUCCGCUCUGAAACUCACAUCGACAUACCUGCUGCUAAGCCGUUACGCCGGCAAGACAGCCUCACAAAAUCCAGCGGUAUCUUCUUCUCCUCUCUGGAUUUUGUCAACAAACCCGCGGCACGGAGCGAAGCCAAAAUAACCACCGGGCGCGCGACUGACUUAGACACCGCCAUGCGCCGUAACAGGGAAGGCGAGUUCAAAUUGAUCUCUACGUAUCCUGGAGACCGUGUUGUCGCCCGUAGCCGCGUGAAGGGUCAGGGUAACGCUGACAUCCUCAGAAACCAACAGAGGAAGGCUAGAACGCCCCGCUCACGCUCCAAAUCUCCUAACGAAGUUAGGGUACAGGAGGCUCUACGGAAAUUGGACCUCCCUGGUUGGUAUGUCAACUCAGAUGUAGCGAAAGUCGGGACCGAGUCCCCUGUUUUGAAGAGGUCACGCUCAGCCGACACCACUCUGUCAGACUCUGGAGUUGGUACCUUACCGAGACAAAAUCAAGGGGAGAAGAUGAGCUCGCCUACGGGAGAAGACUCCCACCCCCUCCCGAGGAAGAUCUCGCCACCUUCCGGCCAAGAACCAGGACCUUAUCGAGGUCGGCGACAAAGUAGAGAAGAGAGACUGUCGGAGUUCUACAGUCAAAGAAAACUCCACCCAUACCCCAACAGAAGAAAUUCACAGGACAACAGAGAGGCCCAGUCGCCACCUGUGUGUAACGGGGCAGUUGCCAUGGUCGCCGCCGAAGACUCGAGUCCCGAGCAAAACCGAAGGUCCACGACGGCAGCCGAACCCGACUCUCGGGAGUCCACGCCCGAACACUCCCCGAAGGCAGCUGGCGACCAUGAAAACGAGCCUUUGUUCAACAAGUGGAUGUGA